CAACAAAAUAAGCAUUUUUUGUGGUGAUUUGUGUGUAUAAAUGUCUAAAAAUGGCUUUUCUAACGGAUAGUUGGAAAAUUGAUGUAUUGGCAUUUUUAGUUGGUGCCUUGACAGUGCUUUAUUUUUUCAUUAAACAAAAAUAUUCAUAUUGGGAGAGAAAAGGCAUUAAAACGCCGUCAUGUUACAAUUAUUUUGUGGGUCAUAUCACAGAAUUGUUCAUGGGAAAGGAAUCUUUCGCUGAUUUUAGUACAAGAAUGUAUAAAAGUAGCCAAGAACCGUUCAUUGGAAUUUAUACAGUGCUUCAACCCAUCUUGCUGGUCCGUGAUCCUGAACUCAUUCGAACAAUCUUUAUCAAGGAUUUUCCACAUUUCACUGAUCGCGGUGUUCAUUCCAAUGAAGGCUAUGACCCCUUAUCGGGCAAUCUUUUUUCGUUGUCUGGUAAAAGAUGGAAGGAAAUGCGAGCGAAAUUUUCGCCAACGUUUACAUCGGGUAAAUUGAAGGCGAUGUUUUCUACUUUCAUUGAUUGUGGUUCAAUUUUGGAAAAUUAUUUGGAAAAAUUGGCAACUAAUGGUGAAAUACUGGAUGUGUCUGAAAUAUCAGCGAGUCACUCAACAAAUAUAAUUGCUUCUGUGGCAUUUGGCAUCGAUAUAGACUGUAUCAAAAAUCCUGAUUGCGAAUUUCGUGUUUGUGGUCGACAAAUGUUCGAAACUUCGUUUUGGAAUAAUUUGAGAUUUGCAAUGUUUUUUAUUGCUCCAAAAUUGAUGAGUUUAUUACGAAUCAAAAUAGCCAGUGAAAAUGUUGAGCGCUUUCUUCUAUCGAUGGUGAAGCAAAAUCUUGAAUAUCGAGAAAAGAACAAUGUCAGUCGCAAAGAUUUCUUUCAAUUGCUUAUCCAAUUGCGUAAUAGUGGAACCGUACAAUUAGACGGUGAUUGGGAUACUGUGAUCAUGGCUGAUCAUAAACAAAAGACAUUAACAUUGAAUGAGAUGACAGCACAGUGUUUUGUCUACUUUGGAGCUGGUUUUGAAACAUCCUCGACCACAUUGUCGUUCUGUAUUUACGAAUUGGUCAAGAAUCCGGAAAUUCAGAAGCGAGUGCACGAAGAAAUCGACCGAGUUAUAGAACAACAUGAAGGAUUGAUUACGUACGAUUCUCUUGCGGACAUGAAGUACUUGGAGGCUUGUAUCGAUGAAACAUUACGCAAAUACCCCCCGCUUUCAUUUCUAACACGGGAAUGUGUAAAGGAAUAUAAAUUACCUGGAACUGAUAAAGUCAUCGAAAAAGGCACUCAACUAUUUAUUCCAGCCUUUGCUUUACAACGAGAUGAAAAAUACUACGAAGAACCAGACAAAUUCAUUCCCGAACGAUUCAGUGAAGAAAAUUUAUCCGGAAAGGAUUUGACAAAUCGACCAUAUUACCCAUUUGGGGAGGGACCACGCAACUGCAUCGGAAGGAAAAUGGGAAAAUUACAAGUUAAAGUGGGGCUUGUUUCGAUGUUGAAAAAAUUCCACUUUGAAUUGGAAGAUCGUCUAAAGAAAAACGAAAUAAAAUUUGAUCCAAAAGUAUUUGUGAUUUCACCGCUCGGUGGAAUUAAACUUCAUAUUAAGAAGCGAUAAAUGCUUUUGAUGGAUCGAUCGAAGUUUAAGUUGGAUGUCAUACAUUUUAAACAUUGAAAAUAAAACGAAAAUUCUAAGAUAUCGAUAAAUUCUUAAAAAUGUAGUCAAAGACUGUGAAUAUUACACAGUCAUGUGAUGAUCAGCUGGUACUAUCUUUUUUUUAUCUCAGUGACGAUAAUUUCAUUAUGAAUUCGUAACUCGUUCUAUUUUAAUUGAAAAAAAAAAGUCGCGAAAUAUUCAAAACUAUGAAGCAAUGACUUAAAUAACUGAUUUGUUCGGCAUAUCCACUUAAAAUUUAGUCCCAGAAUUUAUGAAUACAAAAAAGUAUCACAAAA